UUGUCAGACAUAGCUGCUGGAUGUGGUCAUGAACAUGGACAUGGUCAUGGUAAAGUGGAACUUCCAGAUUACAGACAGAGGAACACUGAAGAGAUGCCUUUAGAAAUGAUGCAGAAGAAGCUUGCUGCCCGAGGGCUGAGGGAUCCAUGGACUUACAAUGAGGCUUGGAGAUACAUGGGCGACUUUGCAAGCAACAUCACUUGCAUGAGCGUAAUAGUAAAAGGACUCAAAUUGGGGUUUGCUGCAUUUGUGGUAGCUUUAGGGGCUGAAUAUUUCCUGGCUUCCCAGAAUGAGGAUAAGAUUCCCAGAAUGAGCAUCGCUGAAGAGAGCACUUUGUGACAUCUUUCAUGAAAAUAAGAUUCUCUCACUGUAGUAUCCUUGGCUGUAUGUUUGUUCUUGAGAGAAUAUUAGUAUGGUUUAAUAAAGAAAGGAAACUGGAAAAUAAAGACAAGCUCAGGUCUCUUCCCCUGUUUUACUGCUUGGCAAAGUGAAAAAAAUCCUUUUUCUCCUGUUUCCAUCAGCAUUUGGUGUCUUGCAUCUUGGCUUAGCACUCUCAGCAAACACACAGAUGUUACUGGCACAGUCAUCUCACAAAGGAGACAUUCAGAGGAGGUUUUUGGAAAGACAGAACAGUUGAACAAAGGUGACAAGAAACAGCCACCCAGGAAGUGAUGUGGCCUUUGGCUCUUUUAGGGUUACUGCUUCAGUCUUUUUGGUUCCAAUGGAGAGGAAAACACUCCCUUUCAUUAAUUCUCAUUAUCAAUCAAAAGAGGUAACAUAUCACUGAAGCCAGCUUGACUUCUCCCUGAGGCUGGAAGGACUCUAGCAUUAUGUUUUAACCCAGACCCAUUAGUUUGUUGUUUGGUUAGGAUAUCUUUCUCUAAAAGAAACCUGACUUGAAGAACCAAUAUGACUCUUAGCCAUUGGCCAUGUUGUGUGUAGUUUCAUCUCUCCAGGUUUUCUGGGCAGAGUAAUGCUGAGGAUCUAGUAUGUACCCCCUCUUUCCUCCUUCCUCCAUCAUGCUAUGCACCUCUGAAUGUUAGCUGAUGUUCUUCACAGAUUCACCAUCCUUUGGUUGGCCCCAUCUUCCUCUGUCUUCAUGGAGUAGGUUCUACCACAUAAGCUCUGGAUAUAUCCAGGGAAACUGCAGGAAAUGGCGUCAUCAGAUUAUUCUGUUUGUGAGACAUCCAUGCUUUCUAUUUUCAUUGCUAAAUGCCUUUCCUUACACAGUGGAUCACGCUGGGUCAAGGCUUUUGGCAUAGUUUGUGGGCCCAUGACAGGAUUCUAAUGUAUUCUUUUGGUAUUUUCUUCAGUUUUGUUAUAUUUCAUGUAAACAAUAAUUGUAUUUGUAGUCUUAGUUAGGCAACAAGGUAGACAAAUAGGAAAGAGCACAAAUGCCCUUUGUGGGAAGAGGUAGAUAGUUCUUUACUUGGACAGAUUUGUAUAGGAGCUGAGACCACCCCCCCAUGCAUAUUACAUUAUUCAUAAAAUGGUGAUAAGAGAGAGUAACUGCCUUUUUUCUAUUGGAAAUACAUUUUUUCAUACACUAUAUUCUGAUUAUGGUUUUCCCGUCUUACUUUCCCAUCCACACGUCUACAUCCUUUUUUCCUCUCUCAUUU